AUGAGCACCCAACUUCUGCCUCGCCUCAUUUACACAGACUCAGAUGAAGAGCUCCUGCGUCCAAUCUCGACUGCAGAAGUGAACAAUCUGAUCGAUCAAUUAGAAGGCCAAGAGCUUCAAAAUAUCUCCAAAGAGUCCCGAUUCGAAGUGCCGGUCCGCAGUUCCGCGGAGACUUCUCUAGAUCAAACUCAAACCUCGACCCUCGUUCGACCCAUGUCUGUGUGUAUGCUGAAAAAGCCAUCGGAAACCGCACCAACUGAUACUCCCGUAGCCACGCCAGCAGCACCAUCAACGCUCUCCGAGAAGGCCGAAACCCCACGGCAGAACAAGAAAUGGACCCCUGCUAAACAAGCCCGAAAGAAUGUCACUUUCAAUAUGGAGCACGCCUCAUUUACCGACAAGCCCCGAAGUAAACGUCCUCGCGCCACUCUCACUACUCCAGCCAAAAAGCCCCGAUCCAAACCAAUUUCCUUGCCAGCAACAUGGGCGGACGCCGCCUCAGAGGAUCUGCUGUUGAUUCAGCUGCAGGAUGAGCUUGGCGACAAGGACGAUGCGUGGGGUCAGAUCGCAAGCGAAUGGAAUCGGAUUACGGACAGGUCGUAUGCGAAAAAGUCAUUGAUGGCCCGAUGGAAGCGAAUCACGGAUUCGCUUGGCUCGCCUCCGCCGGAGGUGAAGGAGAUGAUGGGUCUGGAGGGUAGUAUUCCUUCGAGUUCAGUAGGAAGUGGUUGCACUACUCAUUAUUAA